AUGGGCAGUAUAGGACAAAUCGCGACGCCACCACGGCGGAUAGAGUUAGCAGGCAGUCCGCACGAGAUCGGUCUUGAGCAUGGCAGGCAAUUGUCGCAAGAGAUUCGGAGCCAGAUCGAAGUCUACACGGCUAUGUUCAAGCAGACAUCGAAAUUGGACUGGCCCGACGUGAGGGAGGUCUCCCGAGACUAUGCUCAGACCGUUCAACGUCUAACACCCGAUGUGUACUCGGAAAUGGAAGGCAUCGCCGAAGGCGCGCGCCUUGACAUUCUGGACAUAGUAGCACUCAACAGUCGCAGCGAGAUCGCGCUGGGCCUUUUUUCGGAUGGCUGUUCGAGCCUCGGGUGGAAGCGGCAAGACCAUGUCCUUCUUGCCCAGAACUGGGACUGGACUGCCAGGGUCAAGACCAACUGUGUGUUGAUGUCGAUAAAGCAGGAAAACAAGCCCGUCAUCUGGAUGGUAACCGAGGCUGGGAUUGUCGGUAAGAUAGGUUUCAAUUCUGCCGGAGUCGGCGUAUGCUUGAAUGCAAUCCGAGCAAAGCCUGUGGACUCGAGCAAACUUCCCGUCCAUGUUGCUCUAAGGGUGUGUCUGGACAGCAAGACGAAGCAGGAGGCCUUCAGCCGGGUCACAGACCUUGGCGGAGUUGCGUCAGCUCAGCACAUCUUGAUUGCUGAUGCUGAGGGCCCGGUAAGCUGGGAGGUAUCCCCCAAAGGCGACGUACAAAUUGAGCCGGACGAGGACGGUCUUGUAUGCCAUACAAACCACAUGAUACAGAACAAAUUCAUCAACGAGCCUCCAUGGCUAUCUGGCUCACCGACUCGACUACAACGAAUCCGCGAGCUCUCGAAGAAGCUGGAGCAGAGUGAGCAGAACUUUGGCACCCAGAAGUUAAGAGACCGCGUGUUUUCGGACACUUACAACGCACCUCAGGCGAUUUGUUGCCAGGAAGACCCUUCGCGGCCAAUUGAGACGCGCAGUAGCACGCUCUUCAAUAUCAUUACGAAGUUUGGCCAGGACCAUCCAGUUGCGGAAGUAGUUUGGGGACGGCCGGGUUCUGGCGAAGAGGGCGAAGUCAUUAGCAUGCCAUGGUAA